AAAUGAACAAAAUUAGCAUUUAUCACUUCGUUUGUCUUUAAUUUACCCCACAACGGUCAAACGAUAUCCUAGUACCGUGUAAUACUAAAGAGAUCUUAUUGUAAGAAUUUUUUACCGAAAAGGAAUGGAUAGAUAGUUGUUUUUCAUUGUUGAAAGGCUUUGUGAAGAUGAGUACUCUUCGAGCCUUGUACCUGCUCAAGACUUACAAACCAAACAUUGCUGUUCURAGGAAAGGUUAUGUCUUUCUUAGAGGAGAGAAAGUUCGUUCUAUGUCUUCCACAAGAACUGCAUUAUUCUGGCUGGGAGAUGCGCUCUUCUGUAGGGCAUGUUUCAAGAACCAGUUUUAUCAUACUCUCUUGAGACCAAAGAAAUUUAGACCACAAGUAUUUGUGCUUGGCAAGCCAUUCACAUCUAAAAGUGAUGGCAACAAUGACAAGAUUGAGACAAAUGCGAAAAAGCAUCCAUCUUCUGCAAAGGUUGAAAGUGGGCAAGUCAGGAAUAAUGAAGUGUCAGGUGGUAUUAUCAAGAAACUCAUCAAAAAAGAUGUCACAGAGAUUGAUUUUAACAAGAAAUAUUAUGAAAACACCUUCAUCUCUGAUACACGAGCCAUGAGUGAUUAUCUCCUGAAGCCCAGUGAUCUUGAAGGACUGAAGACAAGAUCUGUGAGAAGUGCAUAUACUGCAACUCAAAAUCCAACUGAUCGGUACUUCCUGAAAUCAGAUGUGGAAAARAGGGCUCAUGAGGUAUGGGGCAGUCCCGAAGCCCUUGCAAAGGAAAUAUGGCUCAGGAAAAAAGCACUGGAAGAAGAUGAAAAAUUUCGGAAAGGUUUGGCUUCAUUAAUUGGUCAUUUAAAGAAAUCAGUCAAGGAUCAUUCACGMCGCAGCCAUGAAACUAUGCUUCUUGGUGGCCCAAAUGAGAGAGAACUUAAAUUAAGAGGCUCUGCAAGAGUAGUAGGAUAUGCCAUGUUAAGUAAUUUAUCAGUCAUGUUGUUCAAGUUUGGUGCGUACUUCUACACAGGAUCAGCAACAAUGCUGUCAGAAUCCAUACAUUCAUUAGCUGACUUACUAAACCAGUGUUUAUUAGCAAUAGGUAUUAGACAAUCCAUCAAGAAACCUUCCACAGAUCAUCCAUAUGGCUGGUCAACAGCAAGAUAUGUCUACUCUCUCAUCAGUGGAGUAGGGAUCUUCUUCCUUGGUGCAGGUGUUUCUGUGUAUCAUGGUGUGUGUUCUCUCAUAGUCCCCACCACUCUAGAGAAUCUGUUAGUGGCGUAUACAAUUCUUGGUGGAUCAUUCAUCAUGGAAGGAGCAUCUUUAAUUGUUGCACUCAACCAAUUAAAGAUCAGUGCUAGAGAAAGUGGGGUAUCAUUAAGAGAAUAUUUGAUACGUGGUAGAGACCCUACAUCCAUCGCGGUACUGAUGGAAGAUGGUGCGGCCGUUACUGGUGUUACUUUAGCUGCUUUGUGUCUUGGUUUAGCGUCCUACACGGGAAGCCCAGUAUACGAUGCCAUUGGAUCUCUCAUGAUUGGAGGUCUUUUAGGUACUGUAGCAUUUUUUCUAAUCAGUAGGAAUGCCGACUUUCUAAUAGGAAGAUCCAUGCCUCCAGCACGGUUAAAACAGAUUAUUGAAGUAUUGGAAAGUGAUAUUAUUGUACGCUCCAUCCAUGACGUUAAGGCUACAGAAAUGGGUGCCGAUACUGUUCGAUUUAAGGCUGAGGUGAACUUCGAUGGUCGUGAGAUUACUCGCUGUCAUAUAAGCAGAGUGGACAUGGAGCAGAUGUUAGCGGAAGUCCAUAAGCUUACGACAGUGCAAGAGUUGGAGCAGUUUAUGCUGGAGUAUGGAGAACAAGUUAUUGAUGUGCUGGGACAGCAAGUGGAUCGUAUUGAGAAGAACAUUAAGAAAAAGAAUCCAGAAGUUCGUCAUGUUGAUUUGGAAAUCCUAUGAAGAAUCAUGGACGAUUGAACGAUUGCACCUGGUGUUCUCUGCUAUAACCUACCAUUGAACAUCCAUCAAUAUUCUAAUUUAUCAUAAGUAAAAUGUGUAAUCGGCAAUAUCGCUUCAAAUCCUUGGUAUUAUUUUGUAUUGUAAAUGUCGUAUUACUGGUAAAUGAAUUGGGAAAGUGAAAUAAAAAAUUGAAAACAUAA